UUUAGUGAUCGUUUUCGUUUUUUCGUGAAUCAAUAUUUUAAUUAAUAAAUUACAUAAUCAUACAUAUUUUGUUCUUGAUGCAAAUUUUGAAUCAGACAAAAUAUAAAUAGAGAAGAUUCAAAAUUAUUCUAUAAAUUAGUGUAUUCAAUUCGUACGCACAAAACGGUCUAAACUUCGUGUUCUAAAAAACAAAAGUAAACACUAUUACAAAUAAAUAAUAAUCGUAAAAUAUAAAUUAAAGACUGCCUGGUAAGAAUAAAAAAAAGAUCAAAUCAACUUGCUGAGAAAAAAUAGAAAAAAAAAAAAAUGAAUCCUGAUACUAAUUCAAAAAAUCGUAAGGAAGAGAUCAGGAAGAAAUAUCGCGAAUGGUCAUGGGAUGCCAAAUGUAUAUCAGGAAUAUGUGAACUAUCAAAGAAUAAUUUAGAAGUAACAUUUAAUCCUAAAUUUAGUAAAGGUACUGCUGCAGCAAGAGGUAAUAAACCAUUAAAAAUAGGAAGACACCAUUAUUGGGAAUUAAGAAUAAUUACGAUUGCAUAUGGCACAGAUGUAAUGAUUGGUGUAGGUACCAAAAGAGCUAAUCUAAUGGAUACAGAAGGAAAAUUUUGUUCUCUGCUUGGACAAGAUCACGAAUCUUGGGGAUAUUCUUAUAAAGGAUACUUACAACAUGGUGGUCAAAAACAUCCUUAUACAGCAUGUUUUAAUGAAGGAAGCGUAAUUGGUGUACAUCUUGAUACUUGGAGAGGCAGAUUGCAAUUUUUCUCAAAACAAAAAUCUUUAGGUGUAGCAUUUACCGGAUUAAAAAAUAUUGUCCUUUAUCCUAUGAUCAGCUCAACAUCUGCUAACACUAAAAUACGAAUAUUAUAUUGCUGCUCAAUACCUAGCUCAUUACAAACGGAAUGCUUAUCCGUACUGCCACGCGUACAAAGAAAUUUUCUUUCUGAUACUUAUCCUGUAUUGCAAUAUUUAACUCAAAGUACGUUUGCCGAUGUCUUACGAAAGAAUUCAGAGAUUGAAAGCGAUGAAGAAGUUUCUGAAUUUGCACCUAAAUAUAGACGUUCUGUGAAAUUAUGGUAUAGGAGAAUAAACUAGAAUAAUAAAAAAAACUGUAUGAAGCAGUGAAUACGUAUUCUUAAUAGUUCUAUACGUCUUACGAG